AUGCGCUCCGCACUCUUGAUCGUCGCUGCCGCCGGCCAGAUGCAGAUUCAGUCCAUGUCCGGCGCGCAAAUGCGUAUCCUGCACGCCGCGAUGGAUGAGGACAGCGACGGCCGCGUCACGAUUGCAGAGGGCGCAAAGCUUGUGCGCAGGCUACGGACGGCAUUAAUGCUGCGGCAGUCGGCGCCCAUCAUGCAGACUAUGGACACCGACCGCGACGGGUACCUGAGCGCCGAAGAGUUUCGGGCCGACCUCGAGCACAUGGACGUAAAGGGCAAGCGGACGAUCGAGGACAGCUUCGACGGCUUCGACACCGAUCGAGACGGGCGGCUCGCGGCUGAGGAGGCGCUUCCCCUCUUCACCUUCUUGCUGCCGUUUCAGAAGCUGGACACGGACCUGGACGGGCGGCUAACCUUGAGCGAGUUCCAGGAAGUGGCGGCCGAGCGCCUCGCCAGCGACGAGCGCGUCAACGCCACUGAGCAUUACUCGUACCACAGCGGCAUCUGGGCGGGAAUCGCGGCGCUGCGGGAGCUCCUCGGGCUGGCCGACUCGGAUGCGGACGGGCAGGUCUCGGCGGACGAGCUGGCGGAAUGCAGAUUCCACGCAAAGUUUGGCGGGAGCGCAGCGUACCACCACAGCCGGGACUGGAUAAAGGUGCUCGAGGAGGCCGUGGCGGGGCUCCAGCAGCAGCAGCAGGCAAAGGCGAAGGAGGACAGGCGAGGAGGUCAAAAGGAGGAGCUGUAG